ACUCCAGAACACACCAGUUGAAGAUAUAAGAUGACAUUCUGCAUCUUCAAACAACUUCUUCUGUCAGCAUUAAUUCUCUGCACUUUCUUACAGCAACCCACCAAUGCCCUUAGAAAGACCUAUGUUGUGUACUUGGGAGGACAUUCUCAUGGGACACACCCUUUGCCUAGUGAUCUUGAAACUGCCACAAAUUCCCAUUAUGACUUACUGGGUUCAGUCUUAGGAAGUCAUGAGAAGGCUAAGGAAGCAAUUAUGUACUCAUAUAAUAAGCACAUAAAUGGCUUUGCUGCCUUACUUGAAGAGGAAGAAGCAUCAGAGAUAGCAAAAAACCCGAAUGUAAUUUCUGUUUUCUUGAGCAAAGAGUAUAAAUUGCACACUACCAGAUCAUGGGAUUUUCUUGGACUGGAAAAAAACGGAAGAAUUCCAGCAAAUUCUGCUUGGAGGAAGGCAAAAUAUGGUGAAAAUAUAAUCAUCGCUAAUAUUGAUACAGGCGUUUGGCCGGAACACCCGAGUUUCAACGACAAAGGAUACGGACCAGUCCCCUCCAAGUGGCAGGGGAAAGGUGUUUGCGAGAUUGACCAAUUUAGCGCUGCAAAGAAACAUUUUUGUAACCGGAAGCUGAUUGGAGCAAGAAUCUUCGGCAAAAAUCAUGAGGCCGAAGUUAGCAAGCUUAAGGCAACGGAGCGCACAGCACGUGACGUUGUGGGUCACGGAACCCACACUUUGUCAACGGCUGGUGGGAAUUUCGCUCCUGGUGCAGACGUGUUUGGCAACGGUAACGGCACUGCUAAGGGAGGAUCUCCGAGGGCUCGUGUUGUAGCCUACAAGGUGUGUUGGCAUAAGAUGGAUGCAGGUGGUUGCCAAGAAGCAGACAUUCUAGAAGCGUUCGAUUAUGCUAUUAAUGAUGGUGUCGAUGUCAUCUCUGCCUCUGUUGGUGCUUCCACUCCCUAUGUUGAAGCUUUGUUCACUGAUGGCAUUUCCAUUGGGGCCUUCCAUGCUAUUGCUCGAAACAUUGUUGUUGUUUGCUCUGGUGGCAACGAAGGACCUUCCCCAAGAAGUGUCACAAACGUUGCUCCCUGGAUUUUCACUGUCGCUGCUAGUACCAUGGACAGAGAUUUUCUCAGCAACAUUUCUCUUGGUAACAAGCAAUACCUUAAGGGUGCCAGUCUUAAUAGAGGCUUGCCAUCAUCAUCACGGAAGUUCUAUCCUAUGAUUACUUCUGUGAACGCUAGACUUCCUAAUGCGUCAAUUAAUGAUGCUCGUCUUUGCAAGCCUGGAACUCUUGAUCCUACUAAAGUAAGGGGAAAAAUACUAGUUUGCCGUCGAAGUGAUAAAAUAACAUCAGUUAGUGAAGGACAACAAGGUGCUCUUGCUGGCGCAGUGGCAGUGUUUGUGGAAAAUGACAAGCAAAGUGGAAAUACCCUUUUAGCUGAGCCUCAUAUUUUACCCGCUGCAAGUAUCAGUGGGACUGGUUAUGAAGAUCAAGGAGGUUCCCACGGAAACUCCAGCAAGCAGAUUGUGGCUUAUUUGACUUCUGCAAAAACAUACAUUGGAGUAAAACCCGCUCCAAUUAUAGCUGGAUUCUCGUCUAGGGGACCUAGUGCCGUGCAACCAUUGAUAUUAAAGCCUGACAUAACUGCUCCUGGUGUGAACGUAAUUGCUGCUUAUACACAAGCCGCGGGUCCAUCUAAUCUAGCAUCGGAUAAACGUAGGAUUCUUUUCAAUGUGCAACAAGGAACAUCUAUGGCAUGCCCACAUGUUGCUGGCAUUGCUGGGCUUAUCAAAACACUUCAUCCUAAUUGGAGCCCCGCAGCUAUCAAAUCAGCCAUUAUGACUACUGCUACAACAUUAGAUAACACGAAUCGACCAAUUCAGGAUGCAUUUGAUAAGGUAGCAACUCCAUUCGAAUAUGGUGCUGGACAUAUUCAGCCUAACCUUGCAAUUGACCCUGGGCUUGUUUAUGAUUUAAGCACAAACGAUUACUCGAACUUCUUAUGUGCUUCUGGUUACGACCAAGCUUUACUCAAGUUGUUUGCUAAUUUGAAAUUAUCUUACACUUGUCCUAAGUCUUUCAAAAUUGAGGAUUUUAAUUAUCCUUCAAUUACUGUGCAUCAUCCCGGGUCAAACAUUGUAAAUGUUACUCGAACAGUUACAAAUGUUGGGCCUCCAAGCACUUACGUUGUGAAUACUCACGGCCCAAAGGGAAUUAAGGUUGUUGUUCUCCCAAGUUCGUUGAGUUUUAAGAGAAGUGGAGAGAAGAAGAGGUUUCAAGUUAUUCUCCAAGCAACGAGUGUGACUACUCGUGGUUUUCCUCUGUUUGGGAACUUUUCUUGGACAGAUGGCAAGCACAGAGUAACCAGUCCUAUUGUAGUGCUGUAACCUUAGAAAUUACUCUGAACGCUGUUAUCAUUUGAGUGUGUUUGCAUUUGCUGGUUUUUUGGAUGUAAUAUUAACGUGUUACUUACUCUUCUGGUGUUGAACUGUCACAAAAAUAAGAUAUAUUUGAGGUGUUGAGGCAUUGAACUUUGCUAGGUUGGAGGUAUGUUUGUAAUAAUAAGUUCAUUCAGCAUCACAUGGUGAACUUGUAUCUUUGGAAGUCCAAUUACAAUAUAUGGUUGAGACC